GUCAUUUUAUUUUCUUUAUCACACUGUCUAUUGAAGACUUUUGCGAUUUUCUUUAUCUUUAGAAAACAAGUUAUCGCAUACACUAGAACGUAUUAAUGUCAGCGCCACGCCUCUAAAAACGAUUAAUAUAAUAAUAUCAAUGUAAAUGUACUCAGUUCAUAACCACCUCUCACUUGAUAAACAAGUUUCUUGGUGAAAAUUUAUUUAAAUAAGAAAAUCAUACUUCGAAUUACACGCGUUGCACAGUUUAGUGUCAUUUUUCGUUUGCAAUCAGUGAAUAUUGUGUUAGUAUAAGAGUAACUUUUAAGAGAAGUAACAUUUAAGUGAACUAUUUUAGAACUCUAAAGUUUUACAAUGUCAGUGCUCAAUAACUUCAGUGUUUCCAUAAGUAAAGGAUUGAGACGACUCCGAAAAUCAAAGCAUGUAAACGGGGCAAUACGGAGCGCCAGUACGGAGCAGCCAAAACUACACAUGGACAAAUGCCUCAUCGUGUCAAAGGUCACGCGCUAUGAAUAUGAGAAACACAGUCUCGACAACAUAUCGGACGCAGAAUUGGAAGCUGUCCUCCGGAAGCGAGGGUCAGACUUCGAUGCCCUGCUGCAGAACCAUAGAGAACAGAAGGCUUUCGAGCAAAGCGUGGCCAGGAGCUUGAAGGAGAUGGGGCGAAAAGUUGAGAUGGCUAGCAGAUUGACGUACAACACAGAUCUAAUAAAGUGGUGCGACGUAGUCGUGCCGUGCGGCGGCGAUGGCACGUUCCUUCUAGCUGCUUCUAGAGUAAGAGAUGCUAAUAAACCAGUGAUCGGCUUCAACAGCGCGCCGCACAAGUCCGUGGGCCGCCUCUGCCUGCCCACUUGGUGCUCUAACGAUGUCAAAGGUGCGCUCCACGCUUUGAAGGAGGGUCGGUUCAGAUGGAUGCGGCGAUCGCGGAUACGAACGACGGUGACAUGCGAAGCCAAAUUACUGGAUACUAUCACACCAGUCGAUCUACAUACGCUACAUUAUAGCAGGUACUCAGCAGUGUCCCAGCCCCUGGACAAUCCAGAAAGCCCACAGUCCUCCGCUCCUCAUCAGGAACAAUUCACCAAAGAGCAACGGAACUCUGUGCUGCACACUAAAGUAUUACCGUUCUUGGCACUUAACGAGGUUUUCAUAGGCGAGAGCGUGACAUCACGGGUAUCCCUACUCCGACUUCAAAUAGACAAGGGCGCGUGGACUCACACGAAAAGCUCAGGGCUCUGCGUGAGCACUGGAACCGGCAGUACUUCAUGGCAUUACAGUAUAAAUUGCCUUCGCACCCACUCAGUGCUAGAGCUGAUGAAGAUACUCUCCAAGGGAGGCAUAGCCGUGGACACUACGUUAGAAAAAGCGAGGGAAGUCGCGGAGAAAUAUAAUCAGAAACUCAUGUUUGCUGCGGAUUGUGACAAGCUAGCCUACUCCGUCCGAGAAUAUAUAACAUUUGAAGACUGGCCGGUGCCGAGAGGUCUCAGAGUACGCGACAGAGCCGACACGGUCAGAGUCAAGUCACACUGCGUUGACGCUGGUCUAGUGAUAGACGGCAGCGUCUCCUUUCCCUUCAACGACGGCACCGAAGCGCUACUCGAGAUUCACCCCGAAGACGCGCUCAUGACUGUACACAUGGACGAUUCUCUGCCGUAUUGAUGGUGACUGUACCAUAUUAUUGAAGGUAUCCCGUAGAAUUCACUAGCUUUUACCCACGGCUUCGCUCGCGUUAACCCGACGUCUGUUUCUGUCAUAAACUUGUCAUAAAAUAAUUGACAACAUUUCAUAUUUUUGAGUACUACUUUUUAUUGUUUGGUUUGAAAGAACUUAAUACUAAAAGAUACACGUAUUUUUUUAUUUUUCCAAAAACUGCUAUUUUA